UCUUGUCAGGUGUAUCAGCCAGGUAAGGUGUCAGUGCCUUGUUCCCAGAAGUACCGGUUCCUGCCCCGCCACGGAAUGCCGUCAGGAAGUGUAUAACAUUCCCGCCACCUCCACCCAAGCCUGGUCUUGCAGGGGGUGUAACCUGCCCUCGGUGGUGGUACAGGUGUGUGUCUGGUGCAGUGUGGUACACCUGGUGCAGUGUGGUACACCUGGUGCAGUGUGGUACACCUGGUGCAGUGUGGUACACCUGGUGCAGUGUGGUACACCUGGUGCAGUGUGGUACACCUGGUGCAGUGUGGUACACCUGGUGCAGUGUGGUACACCUGGUGCAGUGUGGUACACCUGGUGCAGUGUGGUACACCUGGUGCAGUGUGGUACACCUGGUGCAGUGUGGUACACCUGGUGCAGUGUGGUACACCUGGUGCAGUGUGGUACACCUGGUGCAGUGUGGUACACCUGGUGCAGUGUGGUACACCUGAUAGUGUGGUACACCUGAUAGUGUGGUACACCUGCUGCAGUGUGGUACACCUGGUGCAGUGUGGUACACCUGAUAGUGUGGUACACCUGGUGCAGUGUGGUACACCUGGUGCAGUGUGGUACACCUGGUGCAGUGUGGUACACCUGAUAGUGUGGUACACCUGAUAGUGUGGUACACCUGCUGCAGUGUGGUACACCUGGUGCAGUGUGGUACACCUGAUAGUGUGGUACACCUGGUGCAGUGUGGUACACCUGGUGCAGUGUGGUACACCUGGUGCAGUGUGGUACACCUGAUAGUGUGGUACACCUGAUAGUGUGGUACACCUGGUGCAGUGUGGUACACCUGGUGCAGUGUGGUACACCUGAUAGUGUGGUACACCUGGUGCAGUGUGGUACACCUGGUGCAGUGUGGUACACCUGGUGCAGUGUGGUACACCUGGUGCAGUGUGGUACACCUGGUGCAGUGUGGUACACCGGGUGCAGUGUGGUACACCUGAUAGUGUGGUACACCUGGUACAGUGUGGUACACUAGGUACAAUGUCAGACGUAGAAACGUGUCUUUACCUAAUCCAUCGUUCGAGAUAGAGAUGAGUUAAAUCUAUUAUCACGGUAACUUGGAAAUGGAUCAUCAGUUGUUGAUUCAUCUUGACUUUCACUUGCAGAGUUGUGCUUAUGAAAUGAUGAGACAAUGUGAUGGUGUUGGUGGGGUAGUGAGGGAGAGGUGUUGGGGGCAGUGUCCCCCACUCCACCAUUGUUGGUGAGCCUUGUCUGCCCUAGCCACCUCACUCGUCACCCUGAAAACACCCUACUCACCUCCCUGAUGUGGUUCUGGGAGUUCUCACGUCACCAACCAGAGGAAGUGAUUCGAUUAUAUAAUACUUAACGAAACUUCAGUCAGUAGGUUUAAUUACGGGUUAUUCAUGCCCGUGCCACCUCUCGGGUGGCUUAAUCUAUAUCAAUCAGUAGGUUUAAGGUGAAAAUAGUAUAUGGAAAUACAUAUGGAAAAUGUUGAGUGAUGUAUAUACAGAAUACAGUGAUUAGUACAGAAAAUGAUCACGUUAGAAACAUGUUGACUAGUGCGAAGAGUGGAGUGUGACACCAGGUCGAGUGGGACUUGGAGGUGAAGGAGCAGCAUGACGUCGACGCUACGAGGGUACCUGACCCUCAAGCGGACAGGCUUGAGGAGGAGGAAGGAGAGGCUGGGGGUGGGGAUGCUCUUCGAGAGUAUGAUGCUGGUGCCGGCAUCUCCCGUCACGCUGGUGGCUCACAGGCUCUCCAGGUCGUACCAGGACCUCCACGACCACUCCAUCUACCACACCGGCACCACCACCACCACCACCACAACCAUCACCACCAUCAUCUCCACCGUGAGUGCGCGUGAAGGGAGGACGCAGGUGGCCUCGAACCACGGCCAGGUAAGUCACUCAACCCUCAACGUCUCAAGUUCAAGGACGUUUGAGACAUUAAAAUACAUCUUAAAGGGAUAGAGUAACUUGGGCUAUUUCUAUCCUUCUCAACGUCUCUCU